AUGACGAUGGAUCAGUUGCCUAAAUGCCUAUUCAGAGAGGGAACUGAAACACAAGUUGAGAAGGUCAACAACACUUGUCGAACUUCCAUACUUAAGAAGGUGGAGAAGUAUGUGGAAGCAGAGUACAAUGACGUGUUGGGUGAUCCGCUAUUUGCUCAGGUUAUAGCCAUCUAUGUGCACAAGCUUAAGUACUCGGGGAGAGUGAUCCACAGCUUCGUUUGUAAGCAGCUUCUGACCGCAAAGCGCCAUGAGUUGUGGUUCCACUUUGCUAGGAGGCCUCUCAGAUUUGCAAUGCAAGAAUUCCAUGCGAUCACUGGUCUGAAAUACAUAGACGACGAUCUUGACUUGGAGAUUGAUAAUUGGAAAGAUGACAAAGGGUUUUGGAGUAAGUUGCUGAGGAGAAAAGAGAAAAUUUGCUUACUAGAUAUCAGGAAGAAGCAUCUGAAGGCUUGUAAUACGUGGUCUCGUAUCGAUAGGCUGAGGAUCGUAUAUUUGUGUGUGAUCGUUGGGUUAUUAAUGGCGAAGGAUGAGAGGGUUGCCAUCCCACACAAGUACAUCAAGCUGGUGAUGGAUUUCGAGAAGAUGAGGAGAUAUCCGUGGGGUCUUCACUCUUUUGAUGCGCUAGUUACUUCCAUCAUAGCAGCUAGGGAUAAAGUGAAGACGCAGAACAGUUAUGUCAUAGAUGGAUUCUCGUAUGCACUUCAAAUUUGGUUGAUGGAGGCUAUUCCAGACAUCGGGUCUCUUGUGGGUAAGAAGCUCGAAGAAGGUGUCACUAGCAUGAGAUGCAGUAACUGGAAAGGAUCUGCUAUGGUUUCCUACGAUGAUAUUACUAGCAUUGAGUCUAAUUUUCCAUCCACUGGUGAUGUGUUUCCAUACAUCUCUUCAACUGGGAAUUGCAAUAUCAUUGUUGAUGCUGGCUUUGAACGACAGGAUGAGAUGAAGGACGAAAGGGUCGAUCUGAUCAUUGACAUGUACAGACAGAAGUAUGACUGGAGUAAGCAUGUUUGGAGUUUUCAGGAAACUGUACAACCAUAUGCAUGCAUUUCUGAGGAUGAUGGUUCAAAGGAAGAAGAAGCUGGAGAAACAAGUGAUUCUCGAGUGGAAGAAGAAAUAGAAGCUGCCCAUGUGUCUCCUGCGAAGAAGAGAAAGAACCAGUAUCAGGAUAUUGGUGCACAGUCAAGGAAGAAGAAGUUACUUUGCCAAAGAUCAGCCGACAAAUACAAAGAUCUUGAAGAGGAAAUGAAGUCAUAUAUACAGGAUAUGUUCAAGUCGUCUUUUACUGCCUUAGGGUUGGAGGUCCGCGAGUUAAUUGACGACCGGUUUACGAAAUUAGAGGAGAAGAUCCUUUCAUCUCAGCCUCAGGUUGGUGUUCCGGUUGGUGUUCCGUCUGGUCUUCCGGCUUAUACUCACACUCCAGCUGCUGCUACGACAUCUAGUGGCCCUCCUGUUCGUGGUUAUAUUCCUACUCCGGCGUCUACUGAUCCUGCUCCUGGUAGUGCUCCUCCGACUGCUCCUGUUACUUCCCGCAGUCGAGCUUCUGCUCCAUCACGCAAUAAAGCUCCGGUUUCUUCUCAAACUGGUGGGCCUGCAACUGCUGCUAAGACAAGGUAUCAGACGAAGGAUGCGGACUUGUCUGAUGUGUAUGGCAGCUUAUUUAGCUCUUUAGAUGAAAAUUUAGGGACCCAAGAGCACUUACAGAAGACAGUAGGCAACCUUACACAAGAGUCAAAUGUUAAAGGAUUUGAUCCUUCUCAAGACAAGCAAUCCGAAGACCAUGAUGCUUUCACUACACCAUUGACUUCUUUCCGGCCACAGAACUCGAAGUCUCCAUUCUUGACUGAUAUUGAUGAUCCCAUAGUCCGUUGCAAAGAUAGCGACUAUGCAUUGGUAAUAAACAUCGUCACAAUAAUGCUUCUUCUUUACAGAGCAAUUCAGAUUGGACCAUCUAAAUUUGAUGCAGAGUUAGCUACACGUAUAAUUGGGCCUAAUCAUUGGCUCAAGAACUAUGACAUGGACGCCAUGAUGUAUUUGUUUCAAGAACGAACCUCAUUGCGUCGGUGGAAGCCAACCCGAGUAGCAUUUAUGAGCUGUUUGUUUAGUACUCAGAUCAUCUCGGCUUUCGGCAGGUUUGACGGGAACAGGAGAAGUUACAAAAUCGACAAGAAUCUUCUAGAGUAUGGAAGAGGUGAGCUUCCAUACCACGGACGUACAGAUGCCGUAUGGAAUGUUGAUGUAGAUCGUCUCUACAUCCCGGUUUUUGUUAACCAAAACCAUUGGAUCUCUAUGUGCGUUAAUCUUGUGAAUCGGACAAUUGAGGUCUUCGAUUGUGGGGGUAGGAAGAACAACAGGUCUGUGGAAGCAUUCGCCGUCCUCAUUCCACGAAUCGUCAAGGCUGUCCAACCGCCAGAUAAGAAGAAAGAUUUCAAUGUUAAGCAGUAUACUGUUUCACAUGUCCCGAUCAGCGGCGUCAACAAAAGUGGUAAUGAUUGUGGUGCUUAUUCAUUGAAAUUCAUAGAGUGCCAUCUUCUGGGCUUAGAUUUCACUUUGGUAAAUGAUGAGAACAUCCAAGAAGCCCGACAUAAGAUAGCAUAUGAUCUUUGGGAAGCAGCACAUGAUGAGGUCUUGCAGUUUCGAAUGGCCACAUUUAAGCCUCCACUGCGUGCUCCGGAGAAAGUUGUUGAUCUUGGUUGA